AUGGCCAGCAAUAAUCUCACCAUAGUAACUGAGUUCAUUCUCACGGGCUUUGCUGACCACCCAAAUCUAGAGAUUCCCCUCUUUCUGGUGUUUCUGGGUUUAUAUCUCAUCACCCUUCUGGGCAACAUGGGAAUGUUCAUUCUGAUUCAAGUGGACAUCCAACUCCAUACCCCAAUGUACUUCUUCCUGAGCCACCUCUCCCUGCUGGAUGCCUGUUACACCUCAGUCAUCACCCCGCAAAUCCUUGCCACACUGGCCACUAGUAAAACCAUCAUCUCCUACAAUCGCUGUGCUGCCCAAUUCUUUUUCUUCACCCUCUGCGCAGGGACAGAAUGUUUCCUGUUAACAGUGAUGGCCUAUGACCGCUAUGUUGCUAUCAGCAACCCCCUGCUGUAUAGUGUAGCCAUGAAUUCUAGAAUCUGCUGGGUUUUGGUACUGGGAGCCUAUGUCUGUGGGAUAUCAGGGGCCAUUCUUCGUACUACAUGUACCUUCACCCUCUCUUUCUGUAACAACAAUCAGAUCAACUUCUUCUUCUGUGACCUCCCACCCUUGCUAAAGCUCUCCUGCAGUGACACAACAAACUCUGAGGUUGUCAUUGUCUUCUUUGGCAACUUUGUGAUUGUGGCCAAUGCCUUGGUCAUUUUUAUUUCCUACCUACUCAUCCUCAAGGCCAUUUUUAAGGUUAAGUCUUCAGGUGGCAGGGCCAAGACAUUCUCCACAUGUGCCUCCCACCUCACUGCUGUGGCCCUUUUCUUUGGAACCCUCAUUUUUAUGUACAUACGAAAUGGCUCAGGCAAAUCCUUGGAGGAAGAUAAGGUCGUAUCUGUCUUCUACACUGUGGUCAUCCCCAUGCUUAACCCCCUGAUCUACAGUCUAAGAAAUAAGGAUGUGAAAGCUGCCUUAACAAAGGUCACUGGCAGAUUCCAAGUGUCCCAUAGCAUGUAG